AUGAUUAUUCCUGAGACCUUGCAAAGGAAGCAAGUAGCGCGUGUGUUGAAGGCCAAGCCGAGACCCAGAGAAGGCUCUGCACAGCCAGUCAGACUGACCAGCUGCAUCUUCAAGAGUCUGAUCACUCGAGUCUCUGCCCACCUGGGCAAUGUGGUUCAACACUUGCUGACAGAGGGGUACCUGGAGAAGCCCCAGCAGGUCUGUGCACUCAGGCUACUGCAGGGGCUCUGCGCCAGCAGCAACGAGGGAGAGCCUUUACCCACUUUGGAAUUUGCAAACUCCUGGAAGAUGACAGCACCAGCAAUCCCAAGCAGAUCCCCAGGUCCGGUUGGUGCUGGGGGUCUGCAGUCCAGGCCUAAGCCUACCCCUGAGCCAUCCUCCAAGGUGGUAGUGGUGAUUCCACCAGCAGAUCUGGGUGUCUCCUGGCCUCUCUCCAGCUGGCAGGUAACUCCUGAGGACAUCAAAAGGCAGACAAGGAAAGUGAAGGAGCUGAGGAGGAGACUGGCUGAGGCCCUGCAGGCAGACAAGAUCAUCAGAGAGAAAGAGAAGGUCUUGAGUUGUUGGAUAAAAUUGGAGAGUUUCCCUGCCAAGCGUGCACAUUACCAAGGCUUGGUUAUCAAUGCAAAGAUGAUAAAAUGGCCUACUGAAUUCAAGGAGGUAUGGUUCCAUGAGAAGAAUUUGAAACAGAAGGAG